CCUCCAGCCGACACAGCACAGCAGUGGAGAAGACAAUCACAUUUGUUCUUGCUGGCCACAGACACACUACAGUCCGUCAGCUGCUUACAAGAAGAUGUUGAGAAGCUGCAAAGGGAUCUGAAAAGAAAUCGUUCACAUACCGGCGGUGACAUCAUAGCGUUGGCGUCGGGGGGCUAUGGUGAGGCCGGCCAUGUGCUCAGGGUCAUGUGGCGCAACAUCAGCACCAGAAGACCAGGUCAAGUGGGCCACUUCUUGCCAUGGCUGUGCAUCCUCCUCUGCUGCAGCUCUCUGCGGGGCCAAGCCUCCCCGCCAUGUCCGGACAGCUGCCACUGUGCCUGGGACACGUCCACCGUGCUCUGCUCGGACGCCGGCCUGCAGGAGAUCCCCGAGGGCAUCCCGCCCGACACCGUCUCCCUCCACCUGGAGCGCAACAACAUCCGCAGCAUCCCCGAGAGUGCCUUCGUGGACCUGGUCCACCUGCAAGACCUGGACCUGUCCCACAACCGCAUCGACACGCUGUCCUCGGGCGCCCUGCGGCAUCUGGGGCCGGAGCUCCGCCUCCUGGACCUUUCGCACAACCAGCUGAGACAAGCCAGCAGGGAGGAGCUGGGGUCCACACGGGCCAAGACGCGCCUUUACCACAACCCCUGGCACUGUGACUGCACCCUGCAGGAGCUGAUGGAGACCCUCAACCUGGAGGCCGAGACGGUGAACGGGAUUGUGUGCGAGAGCUCGGUGCGGGCGCUGGGCGAGUCCAGCCGGUGGGAGGAGCACGGGUGGUUGGGCGAGCACGCCGGCCAGCCUCUGGUCAAGCUCUUGCACUCCGGGGUGAACUUCUGCAGCCUGCAGAGGAAGACCACCGACGUGGCCAUGCUGGUCACCAUGUUCGUGUGGUUCUUCAUGGUCAUCGUCUACGUGGUUUACUACGUCCGGCAAAACCAAGCCGAGGCCCGCCGCCAUUUGGAGUACCUGAAGAGCUUACCCAGCCCACGCAAGACCCCCACGGAGACAGAUACCCUCAGCACUGGCUUCUGAACUCCUGUCCGCGCCCACUGGUGCUCCUCCACUGGACUACACACAUGUGGAAGAAGCAGAAGAUAAACCAAGAAGUUUAGGACUCUUUUUGCAGACUCUCUUGAUGCUCCUUGGACUGUUUGACCAGCUGGAGGGUUUUGAUUUAUUUAUCAUGUCCUGAAGAACACAACAUUUUAUUUGACCACCGAAGUUCAGGUGGUUAUAGUCAAGUUUUUUUUGACAUCUUGACAAUAAAUGAU